UGUCGAUGUCGGCCGGCCGGCCUGUGCCUUAACCUCGCGGGAUGAUGUCAAGCGCCAUGCGUCCGUCCGCCCACUACCGCUGUGCUUGAUCCACCAUCAGAUCGCGAUUGCAACUUUCCGAUCCACGAGCCGUGCCUGGUGCCGCAGAGCCUUCAGAGCCUUCACCGUAGACGCACCCGGCUGUGCACUAUCAACCGACAAAAUCUCUCCCGAGCAUGGCGAGCGGACCCAGAUGUGACGUCCGAGUCCCGACGGCCAGCCGCAGGAUGCGGAAGGGAAAAAAAAAAAAGUGGAUGUCCCGACACGGGCAGUCAGACACGGGCAGUCGUGCCUUUAAAUUCGAGCGCUCCCACCAACCGGAGCAGCAUGUCCGAUCGUCAAGCCCGUGCUGUCAUCAAGGACGUUAUUCCGGCGUCAUCUCAACGUAAAAGAUGAGCGACGGUGACGCAGGCCCGCCUGGAACUCGCCAGCCCGGCGUUCCUGACCGGACCGCAUCGACGGAAAAGCGGCCAACCUCGGAUCGUCCCGAAACGCCACCGGCCGCCGACAACGAAAAGCCGCCGCCGCCGCCGCCGCCGCCUGCAGCGCGCGAGGGCCUGCUCCAGGAUGCCCCUGGCGAGGACGAGGAGUCUGGUGGCGGCAGGACCAGCCAGGACAGCCUGGCCCCGUCACAGAGCAAGCAGCACCAACCCCCCCGGUACGCGCCGGAUGGCAAACGCAUCAUCACCGAGGAAGAAUGCUACGACGCCCUGGGGUACUCGUGGCCGGCAUGGAAGAAGUGGAUGCUCCUGUCGUCCAUCUUCGCCGUGCAAAUGUCCAUGAACUUCAACUCGAGCGUGUACCCGAGCGCCGUCGAGCCCGUGAGCGAGCAUUUCGGCGUGAGCCAGCAGGCCGUCCGGGCCGGGCAGUGCGCCUUUCUCGUCCUGUACGCCUUUGGGUGCGAGCUCUGGGCGCCGUGGAGCGAGGAGUUUGGCCGGUGGCCGAUCCUGCAGUGCUCGCUGUUCCUCGUCAACAUCUGGCAGAUCCUCGCCGCCCUGGCGCCAAACUUUGGCAGCAUCAUUGUCGCGCGAGCGCUCGGCGGGCUGAGCUCCGCCGGCGGCAGCGUCACCCUCGGAAUGGUUGCCGACCUGUACCAGCCCGAGGACCAGGACUGGGCUGUGGCCUUUGUCGUCCUGUCGUCCGUCUGGGGCACCUCGAUCGGCCCCAUCGUCGGCGGGCCCAUCAAGAAGUUCCUGCCGUGGUACUGGAACUUUUGGAUCCAGCUCAUCUUCGGCGUCACCGUCCAGGCCGUGCACUUCUUCAUGCCCGAGAGCCGAGCCACGAUCCUCAUGGACCGCGAGGCGAAGCGCCGCCGCACAUCGGGCGAGGACCCGGACGUGUACGGCCCCAACGAGGCCAAGAGCCCUCGCAUCUCGUGGGAGGAGGUUGGCGUCACCUGGGUGCGGCCGUUUGAGAUGUUUCUCCGCGAGCCGAUUGUCCUGUCCUGCUCCCUCUUGUCGGGCUUCUCGGACGCCCUCAUCUUUACGUUCCAGGAGGGCUUCACGCCCGUCUUCAAGCAGUGGGGGUUCGGAACCCUGGAGCUCGCCUGGGCCUUUAUCCCGAUCAACAUUGGCUACCUGAUCGCCUACGUCAGCUACUUCCCGUGGAUCAUCAGGGAUAGCAGGAUCAGAAAAGCCAAGGGCCCCGACCACCUGGCCCCCGAGCACAGGCUCAAGUGGCUGCUCUACCUCGCGCCCCUGGAGACCAUUGGCCUCUUCGGCUUCGCCUGGACGUCGCUCGGCCCCCCGCAGGUGCACUGGAUCGCGCCCAUGAUAUUCUCGUGCCUCAUCGCCAUCGCCAACUACGGCAUCUACAUGUCGACCAUCAGCUACAUGCUCGCCGCCUACGGCCCGUACUCGGCCAGCGCGACGGGCGGCAACGGCUUCGCGAGAGACUUCCUGGCCGGCGUCGCCUCCCUGUACUCGACCCCCCUGUACACCAACAUUGCGCCCAACGGCCUGCAUCUCGAGUACGCCAGCACCAUCCUGGCGUGCCUCGCCUUUGUCGUCACCAUGCCCGUCUAUCUCAUCUACUGGAAGGGCCCAUGGUUGCGCGAGAAAUCCAAGUUUGCCCAGUCUCUGGCGGCGGACCGCGAGGCUAAGGGGGGCCAUCGGGUGGCGGAGGCGACCAAGGAGUAGCUUGAGCCUCGCAAUCUGUAGUAGUAGACCAAGGUAGAUCAAAAAUAGACACG